UCUGCAAACAAUUGCGUCAACAGCAACAGCAGCAGCAGCAGCAGUUGCCACAACAUCAUUCACGACGGCUGCCACAAUUGCAACAACGCCCGCCGCCAGCAACUAUACGAAAGUGAGCGAUUAUCCGUACGCUGAUCUCCACCAGCAUCAUCACUUCGCUAGCACAGCGCCCCUGACCAGCACCGAAAGCUUCAAGCUGCGAUCCGAGGAGCCGGUGCCGGGCUUUAGCUCGGCCUCACCGUGGCCCACCCUCGAGCUGGGCAUGGACUGGGGACGCAAGCUGUAUCCCACCGCCGGGCCACGAUCCGCCAGCGGUCUAAUGUUCGGCCUGCCGCCCACGGCGGCCGACAUGAAUCAGCCGCGUGGACCGAUGACGUCGCUCAAGGAGGAACCGCUAGGCGGACGCUGGGCCAUGCAGCCGGUUGUCGAUCAGACCAAUCUGGGCAUUGGCCGCGCCCACUUUGAGAAACAGCCGCCCAGCAAUUUGCGCAAGUCGAAUUUCUUUCACUUUGUGAUCGCGCUCUACGAUCGUGCCGGCCAGCCCAUUGAGAUCGAGCGCACCGCCUUCAUUGGCUUCAUCGAGAAGGAUUCGGAGUCGGAUGCCACCAAGACCAACAAUGGCAUACAAUAUCGCUUGCAGUUGCUGUACGCUAACGGCGCACGACAAGAGCAAGAUAUCUUUGUCAGACUCAUCGAUUCGGUAACCAAAGCGGCCAUCAUCUAUGAGGGCCAGGACAAGAAUCCCGAGAUGUGCCGCGUGCUGCUGACGCACGAAGUGAUGUGCAGCCGCUGCUGUGAUAAGAAGAGCUGUGGUAACCGCAACGAGACGCCAUCGGACCCCGUCAUUAUUGAUCGCUUUUUCCUCAAGUUCUUCUUGAAGUGCAAUCAAAAUUGCCUCAAAAAUGCUGGCAACCCGCGGGACAUGAGAAGAUUUCAGGUCGUCAUAUCCACCCAGGUGGCCGUUGAUGGACCUCUGCUAGCCAUCUCGGACAACAUGUUCGUGCACAACAAUUCGAAGCACGGACGCCGCGCCAAGCGACUGGACACAACGGAAGGUACAGGCAACACAUCCCUGUCCAUAUCCGGUCACCCCCUAGCGCCCGACAGUACCUACGAUGGUCUUUAUCCACCGUUGCCAGUGGCAACGCCGUGCAUUAAGGCGAUAUCGCCCAGCGAGGGAUGGACCACAGGUGGCGCCACCGUCAUCAUUGUGGGCGACAACUUCUUCGAUGGCCUCCAGGUGGUGUUUGGCACGAUGCUGGUGUGGAGCGAGCUGAUCACAUCGCAUGCGAUACGCGUCCAAACGCCACCGCGUCACAUACCCGGCGUCGUUGAGGUGACGCUCUCCUACAAGAGCAAACAGUUCUGCAAGGGAUCCCCCGGUCGCUUUGUCUAUGUCUCAGCACUCAAUGAACCCACUAUCGACUACGGCUUUCAACGUCUACAGAAGCUAAUACCCCGCCAUCCCGGCGAUCCCGAGAAACUGCAAAAGGAGAUCAUACUGAAGCGUGCCGCGGAUCUAGUAGAAGCUCUCUACUCCAUGCCAAGAUCGCCAGGCGGCUCCACCAGCUUCAAUUCCUAUGCCGGACAGCUGGCGGUGAGCGUGCAAGAUGGCAGCGGCCAAUGGACCGAGGAUGAUUACCAGCGUGCCCAAUCGAGCAGCGUUAGUCCACGUGGCGGCUACUGCAGCAGCGCCUCCACGCCCCACAGCUCCGGUGGCUCCUACGGUGCCACAGCGGCCACUGCGGCGGUGGCGGCCACUGCCAAUGGCUAUGCGCCGGCUCCCAACAUGGGCACAUUGUCCUCCUCGCCGGGCAGCGUCUUCAACUCCACCUCAAGGGUCAGCAGCUUGAGUUUCAAUCCCUUCGCCCUGCCCACCUGCAACACACAGGGCUAUAGCACCAGCCAGCUGGUGACAUCAACCAAAUAAUAUUAUUAUUAAAUGAGGCUAUUGGCCGCUGUUCUUGUUUUCGCCACGCCCUCCAUGCGCUCCGUGGACACACGCCCACACUCACGCCCCACAGAAGUCACCAAUGAACAUCAAAUGAACAAAAAGACGCUCGAAAGUGCAAUAAAGCCAUGGAAAUAUACAUCGAUUUCCAAAAUGAAAACGAAUUAUCAAUAUACGAGUACAUCAAAUAUAUUUAUUGUAAAAAAACAAAAACACAAGAAAAAUUACAAAUUACAAACAAGUUUGUUUAUUUUACAUUGUCCUUGUAAAUUAAUGAAACAAUCGAAAUUGAGCAAAAUGUUUAACCAUAUCAAAACACAUAUGAAUUAAACUGCAAACACUCAUAUCAAAUCGGGGACUACGAUCCACGACGACCCAGAAUAGAAUAAGAAUUACGAUAAUGCUGUGUCCAUUGAUCGAAAUCGAUUGAAGCUAUUAUCUGCAUUAAUUCCUGACACAUUUUGGCGAUUAGCUUGAUUAAUCGAUAUAUGUAAAUAUAUAUAGUCUUAUACAUAUACAUAUAUAUCUCGCAUAUUUAUUGGAUGUAAUAAUCGGAACUGUGAAUAGAACAAAUUAUACCAAUUUACAUACAUUACCUAUGAUGAUCUGAAAAAGUAAUACGAAAAUACAUAUUAUACAAAACUAAAACAUAUAAAAUUUAAUACAUUUUGGAUAUAUCUAAAUGCUUGUAUACGAAAAUUUACUACAAAAGAAAAACGAAAGAAAUAUAAUUAUUAUAUCACCCUACACUCACAAUUUUGUCAAAAGAUCAUUCAAUCAAAAAUACCAUAUCAUUUUUCCAAAAUUAUACGAAAAGAAACACACUUAAUGCCGAAGCGUUGUUCAAAUGUGAACAAUGUGAAAAGACCCAUAAUCAAAAUGAUAUAUACCUAAAGAUAAACGAAAAAAAAAAGAAAAACAAAAAAUAGUUGGGCUAUAUA